AUUAGGGUUCUUCGUGGCUAUGGUGGGAGACUGGAGGAAGGGCUACUGGUAUGUGAUCGUAGGGUUUCUGGCGCUCGGGCUGAUUCUCUACUUGACGAGCGACAUCGAGCAUUGGCUACUCCCUAGGGAUUCCCACGUACAAGAUUCCGGGCGUCUUACGGAUCUUCUCCGGCGCCAGGAGCAGGGGCUCUUCGAAAUCUGGAAUGCGACGCGCGAUUCUUCUCACGCCGAUGCCUUGCGCUCGCAGAUCGAGCUCAAUCACCAGAUCCAGCAGCUGGUAUCAGGCGCCAGACAUGGAUACGAUCCGGGAAUGGGGGGCUGCCAGGGCCAGAAUUUCUCAUCCAGACGCCACGGCAAGCUCGUCCAAUGGCGGCCGAGAGAGGAUCGCUUCCUUCUCGUGAUUUGCACGUCCGGCCAGAUCUCCAAUCACCUCAUCUGCCUCGAGAAGCACAUGUUCUUCGCGGCGCUGCUCGAUCGGACGCUCGUUUUGCCCGACCCCAGCGUCGAUUACUCGUACGAGAAGACGCUCGACAUCGCCCACAUUCGCAGCUGCCUAGGAGAGAAGACUCUCCUCACAUUCCAUGAGUUUCUCGCCAAGAACAAGACGGACAUCCGGCUCCUGUGCUACAUGAGUGGCUGCUACUUGGACGAAGAUCACGAGAAGAAGAUCAAAGCUUUGGGACUUUCCUGGAGUUCCAAGACCGAUGCCUGGCCUGAAGAAGCUUCUCUCAAAGGCUAUCCAUCUCAUCCUCGCGCGAGCGAAUUCGUGGCGAAGUUCUCUUGCGAGGACGAGGUUCUCGGCAUAGGGGACGUGUUCUACUCGGACGUGGAGUCGCAGCUCGUAGCACAGAUUGGUGGUCCAUUGCAGCACUCGUGCAAGACGAUCAUCCGUCCAAACCGGCUCAUUCUUCUCACCGCGCAAAGGUUCGUGCAAACUUUCCUGGGAUCCAACUUCAUGGCGCUCCACUUUCGUCGGCAUGGCUUCUUAAAGUUCUGCAAUGUAAAGAAUGAGAGCUGCUUCUUCCCGAUUCCUCAAGCUGCCAGCUGCAUCUCGAGGAAGAUCCAGGAGGCCAAGCCCCGAGUGAUCUACGUCUCCACGGACGCGGCGGAGAGCGAGAUCACUCUCCUCCAGCAAUUGCUCGGCCCUGACGUUCCAAUGAUCCAGAGGCCACAGCACGACUCGAGAGAGAAAUGGGACGCGAUCCUGCAAAGAAAAGGCCUGCUAGCUGAUAACGAGGUGGUAGCGAUGCUGGACAAAACGAUCCGCGCUAUGGCCGAAUCAUUCAUCGGGACGCCGGGCUCCACUUUCACGGAUGAUAUCGUGAGAUUGCGGAAAGAGUGGGGAAGUAGCAAUAGCUGCGAUGGUGUUCUAUGCCAAGGACAACAUCCAAAUUUCAUAGCCGACACAGAUUAAAACAUAGAAACUCGACGUCUGGAGUUCUUCGCUCCCAAUAUUCUUCUUCUCGCUAGAAUAUUCGUUCCAAGGCUUAAACCAAACUAAGUUUAGCUCACGGGUUAUGUAGAGGAGGGGCGCAAUAUUUUUCAAGUGAUCAACCCUGGGAAGACUGGCCAGCCCAGGGACCUGAGGGAUAGUCUUGUAGAGCCGAUCCCGGGUUCGAACCCACCCGAAGAAGAGGGACCCUCAAAUAAAACAAACUGAUCACUCCCUUU